AUGGGUCACGGGAGUGGGGAAGGCAGUGAGGUACAUUUGUUUCCAUAUUUUAACAUUCCAAUUUUACAGGAUUCGUUUGAGCUCCCUCGGGGGGGAUCUUCAAGAGAUGGGGACAUUGAAAUGGGAAUGCAUCAGGCUGAUCCUUCAGACAACCUAAAAGAUUUCUUGAAAAAGGUCGACGCAAUUGAAAGCCUAAUUGCUAAGCUGACGAAUCUCUUGCACAAGCUUCAGGCUGCAAAUGAGGAUUCCAAAGCAGUUACAAAAGCAAGGGACAUGAAAGCAAUUAAACAGAAGAUGGAGAAAGAUAUUGAUGAAGUGGGGAAAGUUGCUCGCAUGGCAAAGACAAAAGUUGAUGAAUUGGAAAAAGAUAACUUGUCAAAUAGACAAAAGCCUGGAUGGGGGAAGGGAUCUGCGGUAGAUCGAUCAAGAGAAGAGACUACCGGGUAAAUUUACUGGUGAUUUGUUUUUUUCAGUUUGUUGACUGCAUAAAACCAUGAACCAGUUGUUCAUUCACUGUGGUUUCUAAAUUCUACAAGAGAAGGAGCGCAUGGAUGAUUUUCAGGUACUGAAUUUCCUUAACUGGAAUGUCUAACUUGCCAUUUAUGUGGUGAUUCUGCU